AUGAAUGAUGAUAGGAAAAAUGCUACUUCUGAAGGCUACUUCAUCCUGCUGGGCUUCUCCAGGUGGCCUCACCUGGAAGCCGCUCUCUUUGUGGUGAUCUUGAUCUUCUACCUGGUGACACUGAUGGGCAACCUGUUCAUCAUUGUUCUAUCACACCUGGAUGCCCGUCUCCACACUCCCAUGUACUUCUUCCUCUCAAACCUCUCCUUCUUGGAUCUCUGCUACACUACCAGCUCCAUUCCCCAGUUGCUGGUGAACCUCUGGGGCCCAGAGAAGACCAUCUCUUAUGCUGGCUGCAUGACUCAACUCUACUUUGUCCUCGCCCUGGGAACUACAGAGUGUGUCCUGUUGGCAGUGAUGUCCUAUGACCGCUAUGCAGCUGUGUGCAGACCUUUGCACUACACUGUGCUCAUGCACCCUCGUUUCUGCCACCUACUGGCUGUGACCUCUUGGGCAAGUGGCUUCACUGCCUCAGCACUUCACUCCUCCUUUACCUUCUGGGUGCCCCUGUGUAAACAUCACCAAGUGGACCACUUCUUUUGUGAAGUCCCAGCACUCCUGAAGUUAGCCUGUGUUGAUACUCGUGCCAAUGAGCUGACUCUCAUGGUCAUGAGUGCGAUUUUUGUUGUCAUACCACUUAUUCUCAUCCUCAGUUCCUAUGGAGCCAUUGCUCAGGUUGUGCUGAGGAUGUUAUCAACCACUGGACUUCAGAAAGUCUUUGGGACCUGUGGAGCCCAUCUUCUGGUGGUUUCCCUCUUCUUCAUUCCAGUAAUGUGCAUGUAUCUGCAGCCUCCAACAGAAAAUUCUCAGGAGCAAGGCAAGUUCAUUGCCCUCUUUUAUACUGUGGUCACACCCAGCCUCAACCCUCUUAUCUACACCCUCAGAAACAAAGACGUAAGAGGAGCAAUGAGGAGACUGAUGGGGUGGGAAUAA